AACUACCAGAAGGAUGCUUUCACUCUGUGACGAAGUGGCUGCGCUCAAAUUACAGAGCUUACAGGAUCGUCGUCAGGUACUGAUGCUACGGGAAGGGACACGGCGCCUUGAAACCACGGUUGCUUCACACGAGGCCGUCCUCGCAGCAGCUGAUCGAGCCCGCGUGGAGGCUGAAACUCGGCUGCUACUUAAUGGCACAGAUAAUCCGGUGAAAGUCGUACAGGGGGGACCUCGGUCUCCUUCGAAAAGUGAAAUCUCCACUUUGGUAGAUGGGCGUGCACUAUCGACAUUUGCUCUCCAGUUGGAAACGGCGCAGAAGGCACCGCUAGCACAGUCUAGUCUGAACGACACGGGAGAGACAAGCAAGCGUCUGGCCAAAGCCAAUCACCUUGUGAUCGAACUCACCGACAAGCUUCGGGAUGCACAUGCAGCAACAAAUGAUGCUCGUAAAUGUGCAGAGGAGGUAGUUGUUCACGCAUGUGAACUUGGACGUGCCCUCAGAUUCUACGAACAGGCCACCGCUCAUGUCCACUUGGGUCCCACAAAGUCUCCCGGUCUUGAACAUGCUAAAAAGUUUGUCAAGAUGACUGAACGUGGCACCCGGGAUCUAUUAACACCAACAUUCAGAUUGGAAAAUUGUCGCACCGGCCCUUCUCUCCUGGAUGACCGACACGUGCAAACCCGACUACAGCAGGUCGCAACCAGAACCAUUUCAUCGUUGAAGGCAGUUGUCGAGCAGAAAACUCAAGCACUGAUGAAAUCAGAUGAACGACUAGAAAACGUCCGAAGGGUGGCUCGGCGAGAAGCAGCCGCUGACAAAGCGGAGAUCGAGCGUCUAACUGAAAGACUAUACCAGGAGCAUCACGCCGCGAUAAAUCAACUGCGCAGCGCAGUCCAGGCGAUAGAAAGCGAAUCCAUCAAAGAUGUGGAAAAUGUGGUGAGUACGGCAAGCUCAAAUAGCACAGCGUUUGUACACGAGACAGAAAAUGCUAAUGCAGAACUCCUUCAAGUUUGCGAAGAGAAUCGACAGCUCGAACAGAACUUGCAUGUCUCAAAUUGUGCUCGUGAGCGUGCUGAAUUGCGUUGUUCCGAGGCCCUGGGCGAGAUCGAAGCGCAAAAGGUCGAUCUCGUCGCAAUGGCUGCACAACUUAAAGAGGCUGAGAUUGUGAAAUCUAACGCGCAUUAUGGCCAAAACCUGAAUUUCAGGGUGAAAAUGUUACAGAGUUCACUCUCAGAAAAGGAAGCAAGAAUUCGGGGUCUGCGAGAAGCGCUUGUCAAGCUCAAGGCCGAAUUCGUGGCGGCCGAGGAAGCGCGUGCUGUAACGCAGUCCACUGAGCGCGGUAAAGAGAAGAAUGCUGAUAAACUCAUCACUGAACUGCAGAGUCGAGCGGGUCAUCUUUCUGGGCAGCUGCAUGCGAUUCGCAGUGAAGCUAAGGCUUCCAGGUCUGAACUCAAUGUGACACGCACGCAACGUGACAAAUACAAAACGCAGCUUGAACAAACUCAGAGACAGGUAGUAGAAGUCUGCUCUAAUGCGCGUGUCGCGGAAUCUCGGUGCCGAGAAUUAGAUGACUCCCUAGCCAAGACGCGUGGCGAGUGCAGGGAAUUAAGGACCGCUGAAGCUCAGGCACGCAAGCACCAAAAGAAAAGUACAUCAACUGAACAAAAUGCCAUGACUGUAGAGGUUGAGCUUCUUAGAGCUCAGAAUGUAGCGCUGCGCAGAGCACAGAAAAAACAACUGGAACCAAAGGCAGCUGAAUACCAACAUUUGGCGACACAGUUGCAGGAGGAAAAGCCUCAUCUUGGUCGAGGCCAAACUCAAAAGCGCGAAAUCAAAAGCGGAGAUCGUCCUUCAGCUGGAUUAUCUACACUGACGAAUAUACGUUGCUCUACAAAUGAUCUCAUGGCUGUUGUACAGAAAUUGAAAUGUGUUGUAGAGCAUCAGAACCAUCGCAUGAAGCAAUUGCACCGCCAAAGUCUGGCUGGGAAGGUAAGCAGAGUAGAAUUUCAGAUGCGAGACACUAAUAACAAAACGGAGUUGCCGUGCACGACCGGCACCAAGCCAGAUCACCCAGGCAUUGUCACAGAGCCGGAUGCUCAGACGGUCUAUGAAGGAUCUGAUAACACGAAGCAAGAGCGCGAGAAGGUUGAACAUCAAUUGACAGAAGAAAACGCCCGUCUGCGUCGAGAACUGGAGGCGUUUGAUCUGAGCUUCUUUGAGCGCAUCGAGGACUUAAAGUUCAACUAUCACCAAGUGCGGAUGCAGCUGGAAGAUACGUAGUCACCAUAGAACGCACAUUUCUAUAUCGAAGAUGCUGCUGCCCGCGCGCGCUUCCCCGCAAGCACGACGGGCUUGUAUUCCCACUCCGCGAACGUCUUCAAAGGGGGAACUUAGUCCUCGUCGCCCGGCCGAGACGAACCACGGACAAAUCCCUUGUCCGGACAAGCGGGCUCGCUAACAUGAGUUCACAUCCAACUCAGCACACCUGGGCAUUCUGGGAGCAUCGGACCUCCGAGAAGAAAACGAUGACCAAGCAAGAAUGGGCCAACUUGCAGAAAAAAUUAUUUAGCUUUAGCACAGUCGAAGAUUUUUGGAAAAAUUACGAACAUAUUCCUCCCCCCUCAGAUGUGUUCUACGAUGGGAAAGCGCGAAAGCGCGUCGGAUCACCGCCACAAGACCGGUUCAUCGAGUCUUUCUCAAUCUUCAAAGAGGGCAUAGCGCCCGAAUGGGAGGAUUCUGCAAACAUUAAUGGCGGUGAAUGGAAUCUUCGCAAGAGCGGGCGGGGGAAUGAGGGGGACAUGAUCGACGAAUGGUGGCAAAAUCUCGUCCUGGGUCUAAUCGGCGAGACCAUUGACACUCAGGAUCAUAUUUGCGGUGCGCGUGUUGUUGAUAAAUCUGGUGGGAAGGGUUCCCAUCCAGUGUAUCGCAUUGAGCUCUGGUUAAGGACCAAGGAUGCUGGUAUCACAGAGAGCAUGAAGCUACGCAUGAUCGAAAUUAUGACCGACAAUCGAGCGCCACGUACUAUGUCAGACCAGUUUCAAUGGAAGAUGCACGGUAUCGGCAUUGGUCACGGUCUCUGCGCAAAGGCCAUAGCCAGGCGAGUCUCACCGCCAAAUGCCGCCAUCAUAGCCCAUGCAGGAGGAUGUUGCCAACAUGUUGGCAGUACCUGGUUGCCCAGGGCGGUACCCAGUUGGGACCCUCGCAGGCUCUUUGCCUCGCGGGGAUCUUGACAACCUCAAGUAUGGGCCUCGCCGGGCCUCCCAGGCUGCCCGGGGAGACCGCGGAGACAUGACGAGGCGCCGGCAGGAGAUUUGAGGCGCUGCGCCCUCCUGGCCAUGAGCACAUGAGCGGAGCUAAAAAGCAAGUAAAAAACCCUCAUGCUCU